UUUGCCUUUAAUAUUUUUAUUUAACAAUUUUUGGCGUCGGUUAGAAAUAAUUGAAUAUUUGUGCAUUCCUUGCGGUAGUAAAAUUUUAAGCGAUGCCAACAACAACGACUACAACAACACAAAAAUGGAUAGUAUGCCGCGUGUGCUUGCAGCAGCCCAAGGAAUCGAUGGGUAGCAUUUUCAAUGACGACGCAUCCAAAGAUCUGACCAACAUGAUUUUGGAAUGCGGCGGCGUACCUAUAAAAAAAUUCGAUCAUUAUCCAGACAAGAUAUGCGACAAGUGCUUAAAGAAUUUACACAUUGCGUUCAAGUUUCGGCGAGUUUGCCAGCGCUCCUACAAACAUCUGAGGCAAUUCAUAGCGCCUGUUGUGGUGGAGCAACUGUCGGCAGAGGAGGAUGGCAAUGUGCUGGGUGUAGCUAAUGAUCCAGCGGGCACAGAACUCAGCGAGGGACAUGCGUUGGUGGGCAGUGAAGAGAACAAUGAUGUAAACGAGGAUGUCAAAGAAAGACUGGUGCAUGUGAAAAGUGAACAGGUGGAGGAGGAUGGUAUUAUUGAGGAACUGUACGAUGUAUAUGAAGCGUAUGAAGGUGAGCUGGUCACCGAACAGCCCGCCCACUAUGAGGAGGAGGGAAACGGUGAAGAUGAAGACGAUGACAUGGGCGAGCAUUCAAUGUCGGGUCUGUCGGCAAACAUUGAGUAUCUUGAUCAGUUAGAUCAGGAUCAGUUAACGGAAAGUGCACACGAGGAUGAAAUAGAAGUGCAAAAUUCAUCUGACGAAGAAUUUCUGCCAGUCAAACCGCGUACGAUCUCCACACGCUCCGCCAGCGCUGGGGCCAAGCGACGUGUGAAUACGCGCAAAGUAGCGACUGGCAAAACGUCAUUUAGUAAUAUUAAACGUCAGAAAUGUAGCGUCACCACGACAAACAUUAUACUGAAUCCCGAUGAGAGCAUCACCUUCGGGGAGACAACAGUGCGCAAGACCACCGGAAUUAAGACUAAAGGUGGCCACAAAAUUCUCGUGGGCGAUAAGAAGGAAUUUAAAUACAUAUGCGAUAUUUGCGGCAAUAUGUAUCCAUCGCAGAGUCGUCUUACCGAGCACAUUAAAGUGCAUUCUGGCGUCAAGCCUCACGAGUGCGAAAUCUGCGGUCAUUGCUUUGCCCAGGCGCAGCAGCUGGCUCGACACAUGAACACGCACACGGGCAAUCGGCCCUACAAGUGCAGCUAUUGCCCGGCCGCCUUUGCGGAUCUUUCCACACGCAAUAAACAUCAUCGCAUUCAUACUAACGAGCGUCCCUAUGAGUGCGAUGUGUGCCACAAGACAUUUACCUACACGAACACACUAAAAUUCCACAAGAUGAUACACACGGGCGAGAAGCCGCAUGUCUGCGAAAUCUGUGGAAAGGGCUUUCCGCAAGCGUAUAAGCUGCGCAAUCAUAGAAUUACCCACGAUCGUCGCAGCGGUGUUGUCAAUUCCAAUAUGGAGGAUCUGUAUCCCAUUUAUACGGCGGCCAAGGCCGGCCUGGAGCUGUAAACACAUUAAAACAUUUAGACAUAUAUACAUAUACAUAUUUACAACGUGUGGUUAUGUAUAGAUAUAUAAAUGCAUAUAUAAAUAUAUGAAUUACAAAUACGUAAUUGAUUAUGAAACAUUUAACUGUAACAAGUAAAAUUGAAAUAAUUUACGAACGCAGCUCCAUUGUGAAGUUUGCGUCUAGCCUAAGUUUUAGUCUAAUUAUGCGGAAAUAAAUUAAGUAUUGCUGCACA